AUGGUAACAACAACUGAGAAGGGAAUCGACGUAUACGAAGCUGGCCCUGACGCUCCAUUUGCGGCAGUUCCAGACAAACCUAAUGGUAAGACAAACUUGAUGUGACAGGGUGUUUUUAGAACCUUCCUUUAUGGUUGGCCAUGAUAAAGAUAAGUUUCCCGCUUACGUAUUGGAACUGAAUCCGAAGAAUGACACGGAGUCGAUCAAGGAGAAGUUUAAUCGACUCAAGAGUGAUGCUUUUCUUUUGCAUGAACAAAUUGAAAGAGAAGCGCUAAAAGACGAAACGCCCGUGCAAAUACGACCAGUUGAUGAACUAAAAUUUCUUAUAAACUCUUUGAAGAAAACCAUCGAGACCCCCUCAGAGUAA